UACGUGCGUUGGUUUGGUCAGGCAGUGAAAUUGCCGCCAUCAUGAUGAACAGCGGUGGAAUCGGGGUCCCUCUCGGCUUCCCUUUAACUCCUACUUCGGUUAUUCAAGUCACUAAUUUAUCCUCCGCGGUUACUAGUGAGCAGAUGCGGACGCUCUUCGGUUUCCUAGGUGACAUUGAGGAGUUGCGCCUUUACCCUCCGGACAAUGCACCGCUCGCUUUUUCCUCCAAAGUAUGUUAUAUUAAGUUUCGGGAAUCUUCAAGUGUUGGUGUGGCCCAGCAUCUAACAAACACAGUUUUUAUUGACAGAGCUCUGAUAGUUGUGCCCUGUGCAGAAGGUAAAAUUCCAGAUGAAGCCAAAGCCCUCUCCCUCUUGGCUCCUGCUCCAACAAUGACAAGUCUGAUUCCUGGUGGAGGGUUGCUUCCUAUACCAACGCCUCCUGUGAGUUCAAUAGGAAUUUCCCUUGGUCCACUAGGAGCUAUACCAGCCACAGCAUUGGACCAUAACAUUACAGCCAUUGGAGACAUACCCCAGCCGCCCAUUAUGGGUAAUGUGGAUCCUUCCAAGAUUGAUGAAAUUAGAAGGACUGUAUAUGUUGGAAACCUGAAUUCCCAGACUACAACAGCCGAUCAGUUGCUUGAGUUUUUCAAGCAAGUUGGAGAAGUUAAGUUUGUGCGGAUGGCAGGUGACGAAACCCAGCCAACACGCUUUGCCUUUGUGGAAUUUGCUGACCAGAAUUCUGUACCUAGAGCCCUUGCCUUUAAUGGAGUUGUGUUUGGAGACAGACCAUUGAAAAUAAAUCACUCCAAUAAUGCAAUAGUGAAGCCUCCUGAAAUGACACCACAAGCUGCUGCAAAGGAGUUGGAAGAAGUGAUGAAGAGAGUACGGGAAGCUCAGUCUUUUAUAUCAGCUGCUAUUGAGCCAGAGUCUGGAAAGAGCAGUGAAAGAAAAGGUGGUCGAUCGCGUUCCCACUCACGUUCAGAAUCCAGAUCUAGUUCAAAAUCUCGAAGGAAAAGAUCACACUCAAAACGCAGGAGUAGAUCCCGAGAUAGAUCACGCUCUAGUCAAAAGGACAGACGCAGAUCCAAAAGCCCACUCAAAAAACGUUCAAAAUCUAAAGAACGUCGAAGAUCAAGAAGCAGCUCUCCUUCUCGGGAGAAGAGGAAAGAAAGCAAAGAGAGGAUCAGAGAAAAAGAGAAGGUUAGAGAGAGAGACAGAGAUAAAGAAAAAGAGAAGGAUAGAGACCGAGAGAAGGAUAGGGGCAGGGAAAAAGAUAGAGGCAGAGAAAAGGAUAGAGGGAGAGAGAGAGAGAGGGAGAAGGAGAAGACCAAGGAUAGAGAGAAGGAGCGGGUGAAAGAUAAGGAUAAGGAGCGAGAAAAAGACAAAGAGAAGGAGAAGGACAGAGAAAAAGAGAAAGAGAAAGGGGAGAAGGGGAAAGAGAGAGAGAGAGAGAAAGAGAGAGCAGCAGAUAUGGAAAAAGAUAAGAGAGAAGAUUUGGACAAGGAGGGGGAGAAGGGGAAAGAGAGAGAGAGAGAGAAAGAGAGAGCAGCAGAUAUGGAAAAAGAUAAGAGAGAAGAUUUGGACAAGGAGGGGGAGAAGGGGAAAGAGAGAGAGAGAGAGAAAGAGAGAGCAGCAGAUAUGGAAAAAGAUAAGAGAGAAGAUUUGGACAAGGAAGGGGAAAAGGGGAAAGAGAAAGAGACAGAGAAAGUGGGAGACAAAGAGAAGGAUGACAAAGAACAAGUCAGAGAAAAGGAGGAAGACAAAGAGAAAGGAAAAGAGGGAGAGAAGGACUAUGAAAAAGAUAAAGAAGGAGAGAAAGCAAAAGACAAAGAUAAAGAAAGGGACCGAGACAGAGAAAGAGAUGAAAAGAAGAAGAAGGAGAAGAGAUCCAGGACGCCACCUAGAAGCUAUAGUUCCUCAAGAAGAUCUCGUAGUUCCAGCAGAGAUCGAAGGAAGAGGAAGAGCCGAAGUCCUUCAAAGUCUCCUAGACCAUCUAAAAUCAUAAAAAGGAAAUCAUCUCGGACUCCAUCUCCACGGAGGCAAGUACAUAGAUUUAUCAUGCAGAGUUUUUAUACUCUGCAGAUUCUUCUGCACUGCAUACCUCUCAAUAGCAGUUUGACUAAUACAAGAAGAAACACUGAGCAAAGAGAAAAACAGAAAAUAUAAAACUGUAUGUCUGGAUUGUGUUCUUUGGCUAUAAUUAUCUUCAAGAUUUUUCCUUUUUAGGGCAUCCUAAAUAAUUUACCUUAAAUUUCAUGUAUUUAGUCUCCAAACGUUGACAGUUUAUUUAUAAUCACCUAUCUCUGAAAAAAUAGCUUUAGUAGCAGUUGGUUAGACUGGGAAUUUGAAAAAGAAAUCCUAGAAAAAAAGGCAGUGGUAAAAUAGUUCUGUAAGAGGAAACAUGAGUUUGAACUUGAGGGAGUUUUUAACCUAAUUGUAGUUAUUGGAGCUUGCUGCUGCGGGGUAUCCAAAGGGGAGUAUUAAGGUGCCUUGUUUUUGUUUUGGUUUGAUGGUUAUGC